UUUGAUAAUAAUUAAUCUUAAAAUUAAUCGGCUUCUGUAUAAACUAUACAAACACAAUAAAAAGAUUCUAAUUGUUGAGUGUUGUCAUUAAAGGAAAUUGAGAAAAUGGCAUGGUACAAUUAUUUGACUGUGGAAAUUCCAUUUCUGUUUUGCAUGUUUGGUUUUACUUUACUAGGACCCAUCAUGACAAAUCUACAUGUAUACAGGACAUGCUACACGUUAUUGGGAUUUAAUGAAUCAGAUUGUUCCCAAUUAGGAAACGAAGAUAAUUCUGUAACUCGUUGGCUAGAACCGAAAGUACAACCAACAGUAAACAAAAUUAAUAUGGUGAACAGCGUCAUAAAUAGUUCGCUACCAUUGAUUUUCUGCAUGUUUGUUGGAACUUGGUCCGACAAGUUCGGAAGAAAACCCUUUAUGAUAUUAUGCUAUGCAGGUCUUAUUAUAAGCACAGCAAUGAGUACAGUUAUAAUUCAUUUUUCAAGCUUAUCUCCUUGGUGGUUUAUCAUAAGUUCAAUUCCAAAUUUAAUGACAGGGGGCGUAUCGUCUCUAAUGGUAGUUAAUUCAGCCUACCUUAAUGAUAUAACUACUGAGAAAAAUAGAGUAAUCAGAUUAGGAAUCUUUGAUGUAAUAUUUGCUUCUUCAUCAGUUGUUGGAAACCUUAUAUCGCCCUACUUACUUUAUGCUACUGAUUAUCAAACUAUUUACCUCAUUUGUUUAUGUCUAAUUGGAGCCAGCUUUUUGUACACAAUUUUCUUCUUAUCGGAAUCUUUGAAGUCUGAAAGAAAGGCGAUUUCAGUUGAAGAGAUUUUAAAUUCAAUCAAUCUCAAAGAAAUUGUAAAACAUACAAUCAGAAAAAGAGAAAACAAUGCAAGAGCUUAUAUUUUUUGUAUCAUAUGCAUCAAUAUGAUAUUUGCAUUCCCAAUGGGCGAGAUGUCCGUUGGAACACUGUAUCUUAGAAAACAGUUGCAUUGGACAUUGAUAAAAUUUUCACGAGUCAACAGUAUUACAAGUUUGGGUAAUAUCUUUGGAACUAUAUUUGGAACUUACGUUUUGUAUAAAAUAAUGAAAGUCAAAGAAUUGUCUCUUUGCAUAUUUGGAUUAAUAUUGCAAUCAAUUGCAAAUAUUUUGCGUGGAAUAGCAACAAGUGAUUAUUAUAUAUAUGGUGCAUUACUAAUUAGUAUUUUCGACGGACUUCCACAUUUAAUGAUAAGAACAAUAAUGUCUUUUGUUAUCGCUCCAGAAGAAAUGGGAAAAAUAUUUGCUGUGCUUAGUAUAAUUACGAGCCUUGAGGGUAUGUUAUCCAAUCUCGUAUAUCCUCUCAUCUAUAAUGCAACAAUAGAUAUAAACAGUGGUAUUUACAAUUUUGUAUCUUUUGGAAUCCACAUCCUGGCUAUAAUCGCUAUGUUCUUUUUGUCAAGACUAACACUUCCUCGUUAUAAACCUUCACAAGAAGAUGAGCAAAAUAAGGAACAAAAUGAAAAAAGAAAGACACCCAGCAUUACAUCCGUUAAUAACUUUGAAGUUUCAAGUAUAAAUGAACGACGGUCUAGUAAAGUUAUGAUGGUAGAUGUGGAUAUGAGGAAGCUAUCUCAAACUCCUUCGCUUUAUUAAAUUUAAUAAAAUAAUGUAUUUGUAAAAAUGUAAUCUUCUGUAUAAAUAGGUUUUUAUAUGCUGUGUGUCCUUUUUUCCAUCAAUUUGAUGGAAUCUUUAUUUUACCGGUGCGAUCUUAAAUCUUUAGUAUUUGUCAUACAAAUCAAUGACGUUGGUCUUUCGUCAAAGCACUACCAACUAUUUCCAAUGUCCCUAAUUAAGCUAAUAAUUCGAAAAUGUCACGAAUAUUAACGAGCAUUUAUAAACGUAGUCAUAUUACUAAAAAAAUCGAAUUAAAUGAUUGUAAUUAUUUUGAUAAUCUUAGAAUUAUUUCAAUUAAUUUGCUUAUACACGUCUUAUUCUUGAUAAUAUAAAAAAUAUACUUUACAUUAAAUUAUUUUGACAUUCGGUACGCUCAUAAAACUCGUAUUUAUAAAAAAAGAAAUGUCAUUAUGGCCAUUGAUAUGCCUUGUUGGGGUGAUGCCAAUAUUAUUUUAAUAAAUUUCACUGAUUUAGGUUAGGUUUUAGGUUAUGUUUACUAGUUGAUUUUUAAAACAGUGUGAGGGAUAGCUAAUUAUUUGUUUUUUAUUUCUACAUACAAAACGCCACAAAACUAAAUAGUCGUAAGAAGCUUCGUUAAUAUAGUAUUUUCAUGGUAUGCCUAAGCCAUCUCUGUACAGUUUGACCUUGUUGGAAUUAUCAGAAAUUUUUGUCUGACGAAUUAUGAAAGUUACUGGUACACAAGUUCCGAUUUUGGUCUCUUUCUUGAUGGUAAUUGGGUGAUCAUUAACGUUUAUAAGACGGACUGAAAUUAUUUUAGCAGUCGUAACCAACCCCUUUCCAAUCAGAAUACCACGUCCAACCUCUUCAUCUGGUUCCAAGGUUUCAUCAUGACAGGUGUUCUUUCUUCCAUAGUUUCUUAAAGCCGUGUUACUAUAAUGGUUUCGCUUUUGUCCUGUAAAGCAACUGGCACGGUACUGUCCCCAUUUGAAUAUAGAAAUACCUCUUUGGCACCAACUUUGAUCACUCUAUUCUUACCGUCUAUCUGAAAACCAUCUAAGUUCAAAGUUCAUUAAAUUUAUUCCAAGUAUAACAUCUUCCUCAAUAUCAGCGACAAAAGCAGUAUGAGUGAACUUUUCAGUAACAAUUCCCAAAUGAACCUGGAUUUCCCCAUGGAUGUCGGCACUUUCACCUCAGUCCGCAGUCGCAAUCUUGUUGGUAGAAACCUCUUAGGGUUAUUUAUGGUUGUUGGUCAUAUGACUGUCCUAGGUGGUCCAGUUACCACCGACAGUGUAUAGUUUUAACCAUUUACUCCGUCUACGUAUACACUAUUAUUGCGACAUUUCAAAGAGGCUAUCAGUAUGAAAGGGCAUGUUAUCUUCAUUUGUUAGGACCCUAGGGCAUUUGCACGAACUGCGUACAUGUCCGAGUUUACCGCAAUUCCAACACCUCAUAGUCUUUGUCUUCAUCUUUGUAUCAGUAAGGCUCUUCAUCAUGUUAACCAAUUGGUAGAGUUUAUCAUCCCCUUCUUCCUCUUUUGCAGUCCUCACUUUACUGUAUAUACCAGAAUAAAGCAUAGCUGCCUCAUACUCUAGAGCAGCGGACAAGAUAUCGAGUCCAUUAACAAAUGUAUGGACUGCCAAACAUUCCAUCAUGUUUUCCGGAGCUGAUGGGUAAGCUAAUCGCACCAAUAUUCUUAUUCUUGAAGGGUCUCAUCUCGUUUCUGUUUGCGAUUCUUUAACUGUGACUGGUAUAAAUGCUCCAAGUGUUUGUGGCAAUAUCGCGUGUUUAGACUCUUUUUGUGUGUUUCAAAAUCAUCUGUCUCUUCCAUAGGUAUUGUCUGAAGAACAUCUAAAGCAUCUCCUCGAAGGGCAAAGGUCAAAUUUACUGCAUUCUCUCAUUCAGACCAUUCGUUUGCUCUGGCAGCUUUUUCGAACUGUUUAAGGUAGUUGGUCCAUGACAUCUUCUUGUCGAAAGUUUAACACGAGCAGAAUUUAUAGCUCCUUCCAAUUUCAACUUUGACUCCACCUAAUGGCACUUUAUUUUACCGUCCUUAGUCGGUUCUGUAUGUUCCAAUUCUUCUAUCUUCUUUUCCAUCUGUUUUAUUUUCUCCUCAACGGAAGACAUUAUUUUCUCCUCAUCUUAUAUUCUAUACCUUCCUAAAAAACAGCAGUUAUUGUAAAAUGCACUAAUUAUAGAAGAAAUAGCUAAAAUAUAACAUUAAUAUAAACUGACCUAUGCUUUUAACAAAUAUUUUUGAUCACGUGAACACAAGAGUAUGGAUAAACGACCUACACAACAAUACCACAGCAGACUUGUUAUUAAUGUUACAGGUGAUGUAUUAUAAAAAAUAUGGAUGUAAUAUAAAUAAAUAUACCAAUAAGCUUUUAAUAUAAAUAAACCUAUACGUAUACCUAUUAUUUACUUCUAUCUACUAGUUUAUCGCCAACUGGAAAUAUGCGUGUAAGGUAAAUUAUACUUAAACGUAUAAUAUACAAUAACUAGUAUCUACAAAAUACGUUUAAUUUAUCCUUUAAAAAACGUCAAAUUUAAAAAUAGACAAGACAAAAUUCAAACGGGAGUUAUUAACGAAAAAUACAUAUAAAAAUAAACCUAAACCUAUAUUGAGACAGAGUGUCUACAAAUGGUUCAUCGCAAUUUAAAAAUAGUCAUUUAUUGUUAACUAUUUUAAACGUAGAAUAAUUUACGUUUAAAUAUUUUAUACCAUAGAAGGUAUAAAAAAACGUAUAAUAUAUCAUUUACAAAAUGUAAACUAUAAACAUAUAUGGAGUCAAAAAAUACCAAAUUAAAACGAGAAUUACGUAUAAAAUACGUUAAUUAUACCAAAAUGAGCUGCUUUGGCUAGUUUUCCUUCAGUUGUUUUUUUUUGUCUCAAACUAGUAGCUUCACGAUAAUUUUUGUCAGAUUUCCAAAUGUCAUUUUUAAUAAGGCUUGAAAUUUUAUCAAAACACGUCCGGCCGUAUCUCAGAUUAUCUUAAAGUAAUUUUUUUUUGACAUGUCGAUUAUUUCAAGUGGGACACCUUUUUAUAAUAUCGUCAUAUUUUAAAUUACGAAUUUUAUUAAAAAUUUUACGGUUAAUAUAAGCAAAUAUCGUUUUUGCUUUCAUUCAUCAGUUGACGCUGCUAUCCCACACGGAACGAAUAUCUUCCAUUACCUCUAGCAAAGCUCCAAUCCUUUAAGUAUCUCUCUGCCUGCUUUGGGCCUCUUACGGCCUCCACUUUUAUAAUUACCAAGAGUAUUGCAUAAAGUAGGUCCACGUCAAAAACUCCUUAUUGUGAUCCACCAUUUAUGACUUUUAUAAUUCGAUAAAUACGUUAUUUCAGAAAGUUAUCGAAUUUACUAACUGAUCUGGGUUUUUCUGAGAACAAGUUUAGCCUAGCAAGUUCUAGUGAAUGCGCGAAAAAUUCGGGAAACUCCAAAAUGUUUAUAUAUGUAAAUUAUUGUUCAAGUAAAUUAGUAUUUAAGAUAAAAAUCGGUGUUAUAUAAAUUAAGUUGCAAAGUAUAUUAGUUGAAACAGUGAAUAUAAUUUAAAAUAAAAUUUAAAUAAACUGUCUAAAAUACUUGAACGUUAUAAUAUUCAUUUAUUCUUUCAUUAAAAACUAUUUUAAUUGAUG